GCUGGUAUUAGUGCGGAAAGCGUCGGAAAACUGGUUCCUUUUGUCAGGUUGAACAAGGAAAAAUCGAUAAAUGAUUGGGGCUGAAAUUUUCGACGGAUCGAGACGUCGUCUGUCUGUUUGCUUCAAAAGAGUGGAAAAUAGUGAUUAAAACGUAUAGCACUGUGCUAGAGAAAACGUUACAUUUACAGUUUUAUGUGAACCAUGCCAAAUUGCGUAUUUGUGUAGUUAAGUUACUGUAUUUUUUGGAAGAAAAAGAUAAAUAUGUUACACUAAGGACCAUAAGGAAUCAUGUCUCUUGCUGUCUAAACACUCACAAUAAGGCUUGCUGAAUCGAUUUUAACAGAGUAACAAAUUAGUAAAGUAAAAUAUAUCUUUAAAAAAAAUAAUGUCAUUGUCAAAUAAAAUCGAUAGUACGCUAUAGUCGGGCACGAUUAAAGUCUUCGAAGCUGUCACGUCGCGUGUAUGAGUCAUACCAAUAUAAUACAAAAAAAAGUGAAAUAAACUGAGCAGAAAGUGCAUCUCUCGGCCACAGCAACAGACAGACGCAGUGUGACCGUGUGUUGGUUUGUGGUGUGCAAAUUGUUGCUGAAAUAACUCGAUCAAAACAACCAACCAAGAAAAAAAACAGCGCCCUCUGGUUGAUUCGUGUUCGUCCCAGCACCAAAGAGGGCAAUCUCUUUUUCUUCUCCUGGUUGGAUCAAAGCGAAGGCAAAAUUUUCACCACGAAUCGAAACCCCAAGAUGCGCGCGCUGGGCAUAGCGCAGCCCAACAAUCAUCACCAGACGGCGGGGGGCAGCGGCGGCGAGGGCGGCACUAGCAGCGGUCCCUCGUCGUUGUCCGGGGUGAUGGCCCCUGGCGGUGGCCCAAAAAUCAUCGACGCUGGAACCAUCACGCUGCCGAAGCCGAUCCUCGGCGGAAACGGCGGCGGCACUUCCGGCGGAAGCCUCGGAGGUAAUGGUGCUUCGUCGAUGCCGCCGGGCUCGUCCUCGUCGGUGCCGAAAGUCGCGACGGCCGCACCACCCACUGGGCACGAUUCCAGUGCCCAGGACACGAUCUAUCUGUGCAACUUUCGCGUGUCCGUCGACGGCGAGUGGCUCUGCCUGAAAGAGCUCAAUGAUCUCGACCUCAAGGAGGGCUCUUCCGGUCAUGGCCUGGGAUACAACGCGGGAAAUGGCGGAGGCGGCGCCGGAGGUGGCAACAGUGGCAGCAGCGGUGAUGGUGAAGGCUCGCUAAAUACUUUCGGCUUGGUUGAGAACGCAAAGUGCGAAGAGAAGAUUAUCGAGCGCGAUUGGGUUAACUACUACUCUCGUGACCCGGCCUCGAUCGAGCGGAGCAAUCUGGUCAACAUCUGCAAGCUGGUGGUGAAGGAACUCCUCGAGCAGUCGAUUCGCUUUGGCCGGAUGCUGGACUCGGACCAUCUGCCGCUGCAGCACUUUUUCAUCGUACUCGAGCACGUGCUGCGGCACGGGUUGAGACCGAAAAAGGGGCUUCUGGGACCGAAGAAGGAACUGUGGGACAUUUUGCAAAGCGUUGAACGGUACUGCGUAGAGGCCCAGGACAUAACCUCUUCCGUGAGAGAUCUCCCAACGGUGCGAACUCACAUGGGACGGGCCAGGGCUUGGCUGCGGUUGGCAUUGAUGCAAAAGAAGCUCGCAGACUAUCUGCAGAUCUUGAUCGAGCGUCGGGAUGACACACUGGCCGAGUACUACGAACCGCACGCGCUUAUGAUGAGUGACGAGGUUAUCGUGAUCAUCGGCAUCCUGGUCGGGCUAAACGUGAUAGACUGCAAUCUUUGCGUGAAAGAGGAAGAUUUGGACUCGCAGCAAGGUGUCAUCGACUUUUCAUUGUACCUGCGGUCAAGCUCGCGGAACAGUCCGGAUGACGAGCACAACAACGGUGGAGGGAAUGGAACCGUUAGUGCCAUCGAAGGAACUGCCACCGGGGCGAUGACUGCCGUUCUAGAUCAGAAGAACUACAUCGAAGAGUUAAAUCGGCACUUGAACGCCACCGUUGGAAACCUCCAGGCCAAGGUCGAGGGAUUGACAACGACAAACGCGUUGAUGAAGGAGGACUUGGCGAUCGCCCGGAACUCGCUGCUAGCAUUGCAGGCGGAAAAUGCUGCCCUACGGCGGGCUUCCCAGCAUGGUCAACCGCUGGAGGACAAAGCCAACGUGCUAGAUCGGUUUGAUCCGGAAAUGGCGGAAGCGCUGGCCGAGGAACGUAAAAAGCGCCAGGAUAUUGAGAAGGAACUCGAUCUGCAAGUAUCUCUCAAGGCGGAAACGGAAAUGGCUAUGAAGCUGCUGGAAAAGGAUAUCCACGAAAAGCAAGACACAAUCGUUUCUCUCCGGCGACAACUAGAAGAUAUCAAAUCCAUAAAUCUGGAUAUGUACCGGAAGCUUCAGGAAUGCGAAGCAUCACUGAAGCACAAAGCAGAGCUCAUGGCAAAAAUGGAAACCCAGCGGGAAUCAAUGGCCAACGCCAUAGCGCAGUUGGAGAAAAAAUACAACUCGGAAACGGCCAGCCUGAACGCCCUCCAGGAAACUUCGCAGACGCUCUCCCUGCAAGUGGUAUCCUGCGAACAACGCGCAACCCGAGCCGAGGCCGACCUCCGAAUUGAACGCGAAUGGCGGGCGGCAAUGCAGGACAACGAGGUCAAGCACAAGGAACAGAUCAGCCAACUCCAGCUCGAGAACCGGCAGAUGGUCGACGAGACUAAGCAAAUGUCCCGCACGAAAGCCGACCUAGACAAGCUCCGGAAGCAGUGGGAGGAAGACCAGCGGACCCUGGAGGAGCUCGGAAUUCAGCUGAGCGUGAGCAAACUUCAAAUUGCCGACCUCAAAGAGCGCGCGCAGCAGCACCACAAUCAGACCACUUCCGGCGGCGGGGACUCCAAGGGCGAUUCCGGAUCCAACGGUGGCUCGUGGACGCCAGACAAGGGCGUUUCGAACUGCAAGGGUUGCGAGAAGGAGUUCAGCAUCACCCGGCGGAAACACCACUGCCGGCACUGUGGUGCCAUCUUUUGCUCGAGCUGCUCGGAGCAUACGGCCGUCAUACUGGGCGAGUCCGGUGGCAAACCGGUGCGCGUGUGUGACGUGUGCUGGCAGAGGCUGGCCAGCAGCAGCGUGCUGCCGACGGUUGGUAAGUGAGAAAGUGGGAGAUUUUAAUGUUUUUUUGGUUGGGUUAGCAAGAAAGUUCGUCCAAAUUUGAGAAUGCAUUUCGCUUUUAAAAUUUUGUACCGUGCAGAAUAACACACGUUGUUGGAAAUGCCUUAUAGAAACAAAUUAUCGAAAGUUGUUGGAGUAGCCACUGUUCUGAAGAUGGACGCUAAGAUAGUAACCGUGGUAGUAUUUGUGGGUGCAACAAAAAAAAAGAUAUUUAACUGUUUUAUAUGGAUAAUUUAUAUAAGAGCUCUAGAAGAAAGUUGUCGUUGUAAGACAAAUAUUUAUUUUAUUGAAUAAAAUGAGUCGACAAGUAAAAUCCAGAUCAUCAAA